AUGUUAAAAGCUGGACUCCCUUGGACUGAUGGACUUGCAUGGGAUCACAAGGGCAAAUGUGAUAUAGCACAAAUCAUCGUGUCUCGAUCUAUAAAUUGUAUCGAUUUUAUACAGUUUGUUUAUGUUGAAGAUGAAGGCAAAAAACUUGUCGUGUCCGAAAAGAUUGGUAACGAUGUUCCGAUUAUCUUCUCAUUAAACACAAUCACGCUGGAUUAUCCGCAUGAGGUCAUUACUGGAAGUGGAGUAAAAGGCAAAUGUGAAGAACUUUCUACUGGUGAUUCUGAGGGCUUUCAAAAACUCUUGAGAUCGAUUACAUUUGUUACAAACAAACGAAGUUACGGACCAUUUGAAGUAGAACAAACUGCGGGUAGCGAGGAAUUUGAGUUCGAGUAUCACGUGGGGUUCAAACAAUUCGGUGGAUUUUUUGGUACUUAUAUGUUGUAUGGCUUAGAGACUAUUGGAAUUUACAUGAAGCCCAUGGAGAAGCUUUUGAACAGCACCUCAAUUAAAACGGAGUGA